AUGAAUCGGAGCCAGCUGAGGGAUGCAUUAGCGAUAAAUGAUCUAAAAAGAAAUAUCUUCGAUGUUGAAGGUGUUAUUCAAAAGCUUCCGAAUUCAUAUCCAGGACCAAGCUGGAAGUUUCCGCAGCGUCAGGCGAAAGAUAUCGAUGUCGAGGAGCAAUCAGCUCGUUUCUCGGCAGGUGAAGAUGUCAUGAACAAUUUUCAUGCGCAGUUGAGUUUGUUGGAGUUGCUCGUCGAUAGGAUUCAUUUUUUGAUCCUCUCUUGCGCGGAUGUUCAGUCUGUUUCUUUCACCUCCAUUGGUGGCGCGGGAGAAUCCCUCCUAAACUCCAUUGUCAAGCUCCGUCAAGGUGACCUUUCCGGCUUCACUGGAGGGCAUACCCCCUGUGGAAGCUCAAAGGUCUACUCGCCAAACUACGAAGAAGAUGUUCGCCGAGAAAUGUUUCCCUUGAUUCAAUCACUUGUCGUAUCGGUCAACACUCUUUGCAACAACUACGUUUUGCCUUGCGAAAGUAACAAGAUCUGGCAACGAGAAAACAGAAAAUUGGACAAGUGUACUUUUGUCAGAGUAACGACAGCGCUAAGAAAUGAUAUGGAAAAGAUUACAAAGCUCUUCAGCUCUUUUGACAAGAAGGUCGUUCGGUUGAAAUCGCAAAUCGACGAGAAACAAAACGAAUCGAACAAGUUCAAAUCACUCUGGGAGGCGUCUAAGGAGUCACUCAAGAAACAAAAGGACGCAUCUGAAAAUGAAAUAAAAUCGCUCCAGCGCGAUAUUCAACUGUUUCGCGAAGAAAAAGAUGUCUUAUCACGUGAGCAUAGUCUUCAUCUCUCGUCGGCGAAUAAGAACUUGUCGAAGACGAAAGAAAAGCUUGAAAAGCUAGCACGAGAGAAGGAGGAGCUCUCCAGAUCGAAGAGUCUCGAAGAAACGACGAGAAAGAACCUUGAAAAAGAGCAUGAGACGCUCAAGCGAGCCAAUUCAGAUCUUGCUUCUCAAGUCAAACUCUUCAAAACCGAGAGCGUCAAAAUGAAGAGAAAAAUGGUCGAGCUUGUGGAAGCUGAACACAAGAGCCAGAAAUCCGAAGCGGAAAACGAUGAGCUUCGAAGAAAUCUUGUCCAGAAAGAUGAUGCUAUUUCGGUGCUUUCCAAAGAGGUUGAAAGGGCAAAACAAGUGGAAAAGAAGCAGUUGUCGAUGAUUGAAAUGUUCAAGGAGCAAGUUAAAAAUGCGACGAGCUGUGGAAGAUGUUGCGAACACGAAGUUCAGUUAGAAAAUCUUCAAACUAAGCUCGAAAACUUGACCGAAAAACUAUCUCUUCGAGAAGAAAAACUCGCGAAUACAGAGCACGAAUUACACAAAGUCAAUCAAGAAAACAAGUCGUUUCAAGAAAAAUGCAAGCUACUCGUUACAUACCCCGAUUUGGUCAAGGACCAGAUUCCUGUCCCCGACGAGAAUUUGAGCAUCAACCAACAACUUUUAUACCAAAUCGAAGCCAAUCAAAUCCGCAUGGAGCUGCUUGAAGAAGAAAACACAAAACUCCGGGCUGCUCUUGGCAAGCUCUCGCCCCAAGCCUCUCGUCCUUCUUCUGGAACAUUAUCUGCCUGGGGAGACGCUCCCAUUCCUGUCCCUAGCCAUGGCUGGAGUUGGAGAGAUCAAUUCCAAGACCUCGAAAACAACGAUGACAAUGACGAUGACUUACUGGACUCCCCUCUUCCAAGCGAUCUGAGAAGCAUGUCACAAAUGAGCCUCGCUUCCCGCCAAAAUUGGCUUCCAAAUCGUCCUAAUUCUGUGCGCUCAAAUGUGUCCUCAGUCAGAAAACCGCUCAACAAGCGGGUCGCCUCGCCAAUGUAUCAUUCGACAUCUCAUGCGCCUAACAACUCGGUGCAAUGCGUCCAGUGGAACGCAGGGAGAAGAAAAAACUAUGGCCAUCCUUCCUAA